UCAACAAGUAGGUAGUGCCACGACGUGACCGGUAGUAGUGACUUGUACGCGCGCGCGCGACGUCGACGUGUUUGGUAUCCGUUAUAAGAAUCGUUGUGCGAAUCGCCCCUCGUACGGCGUUUAGUGGCGGUGUGUGUCCUGCUCGACGGACGAACAACAAUAUAAUCGUUUUAAAUAAUAAUCGCUGCAAGUCGCGUGUACGACCGUCAAAACGAGUCGUAUUGUAGAAUAUUUUUAGUAAGAUUCAGUCAGUUGUUCGUUUGUUUUGUUCCCCCUUCUCCUUCUCUGUUGUUAAUUGUUUCUUCUUUACAACUCCGAUCGUCAAGACUUCUCUCCCCGUCCCCUCCCAAAGCGGGAACUCGCUCUUUUUUUUCCGAUUUUCACGCGUGUGCGCGUGUGUCUCCGACGUGCGGCGGUCGAAAGCAAUUAAAACGUUUGGUGGUGCGCGCCAUUAUUUUGUGAUGUUCUGAAGCGACCGCGCCGCAAAUCGUUAACGCGCGCGCGGGCGAUGAUGAUCCGACGAACGUCAGGUACGCCGCCGACGGCCGUGACGGCGACGUUUUUGCGCUCGUCGCACGUCCUGGCCGUCGCCGCUGUACUACUUCUACUGGCAGCCGUGGGAUUCGGCCGAGAUGCUGUCGCAGAAACAACGACCUACACCCCAGUAUCGACGAUAUGUGGAGUCGGCAUGUUCCGGUGUUCAGACGGAAAAUGCAUACCGUCCGAAUUAUUGUGCAACAUGCAAAAGGAUUGCGACCGAGGGGAGGACGAGUUUCAGAGUUGUCCUCCACCUGAAUGUGAACCCACGUUAUUGCCGUGCCGUCAAUACCAUUGGAACAAAACGUACUGUUACCCGCCACAUUACCGGUGUGACGUUACCGUGGAUUGUGUCGACGGUUCUGACGAAGCCGAUUGCACGUACCGAAAAUGUCAGACUGAAGACUUCCGGUGUGAGGUGAACGGUCCCGCCAGUGGUCCAUGUCUGCCCAAGUCUAAACGAUGUGACGGUUACUACGACUGCCGCAAUCAUAAGGACGAGGAGAACUGUGGCCCGGCUAUCAACAUGUCUUGUCCGCUAGACAAAUUCCGUUGUCUAAACGGGCAGAAGUGCAUCGACCCGAAACUAAAAUGCGACCAUCAGAACAAUUGCGGUGACAAUAGUGACGAAGAAAACUGCAACUUUGCUGCUUGUCAUGUGGGCCAAUUCCGGUGCGGCAACGGACUUUGUAUCCCGCUAAACUAUCAGUGCGACGGGUACGCGGACUGCCACGAUGGCAGCGAUGAAUUAAAUUGCACUACUAUGGCAUGUCCGGGAAAAUAUCUGUGUCCGCAAGGUGGACCGAACAAACGGCCUAAGUGCAUAAACAAGUCGCAACUAUGCGACGGACAUAAAGAUUGUGAAGACAACGCAGACGAAGAGGCCGCGUGCUCGACGUUAAGUUGUCCAGCGUUGGGUUGCGAGUACAAGUGCCAGGCGUCGCCCACCGGAGGCACGUGUUAUUGCCCCGAGGGUAGAAAAAUUGGCAACGAUUCGAAAACGUGUAUAGAUCGUGACGAGUGUACCGAAUGGGGAUUCUGUGAACAAUUAUGCAAGAACACGGAAGGGUCGUAUAUGUGCAGUUGUUAUCCCGGAUACGAUCUGGUGGACAAGAAGAAAUGCGUGGCCAAUAAUCGGACUCAAUCGUUCCAGGUGUACUUCGCUCAGGACAAGAAUAUCAUGAAAAUGGACUCCAAGUACCAAAACCAAAUGGUGGUAGCCAACGCGACGUCCGCCAGCGGCAUGGACUACCAUUAUGCAUUCAACACGUUGUUCUGGUCGGACGUGAAGAUGAAGAAGAUCAAGUCCAUGCAGCUGUCCGACGUGAAAAAGUUCAUCCGCGAUGGAAAUGCGAUGCCGGCUGAGAUUACGUUGCCCGGUAUGUGGGAGCCCAUAUCCAUCGCUAUCGACUGGAUCGGCAACAAGCUGUACGUGGUGGACGGCGUGGGACAGAAGAUCGACGUGUUUGAGCUGUACGGCCGGUGGCACGCUAUCGCGCUCAGUAGUAACCUUACCAACCCUUCGGAUAUAGCGCUGGACCCGACGCAAGGGUACAUGUUUAUCGCCGACGGCAAUCAACUGAUCCGCGCCAACAUGGACGGCAGCGACACCAAGGCGAUCGUCACCGACGCCGUGUACAAGGCUUCCGGGGUAGCGGUAGAUAUUCUCGAGAAACGACUGUACUGGUGCGAUUCGCUGUUGGACUACAUCGAGACCGUGGACUACGAUGGCAGCAACAGGCAUCUGAUACUGAGAGGGCCUCAGGUACCGUCACCGUCGCGGCUCGCGGUAUUCGAGAACCGGGUGUACUGGUCGGACGGUACCAAACAGGGUUUACUGAGCGUCAACAAGUACGAUCCGACCACCGUCUCGUCGGUGUACAAGAACCGCGACAUCAAGGACCCGAAGUCUGUGAAGAUCGUCCAUUCGUUGGUCCAAAGAGAAGUACCGUCGCCUUGCAGCAAGAACAACGCUGGCUGUUUGCACAUGUGUAUCGUGACCAGAGGUAGUGAUGGCUUGUUGGCCUACAGAUGCGCCUGUAAUAUGGGUUACCAACUUGCCCAAGAUAUGCAUAGUUGUGUUUUGAUCGAUGAGUUUCUUUUGUACUCGCAACAAAGAUUUAUCAAAGGUAAAGUUUUGAACAAAGUUUCGCAAGGAUUCAGUGAUGCCAUACUGCCUGUAUCGUCAAGGAGAGCUAGAUUUGUAGGUCUAGAUUUCGACGCUCGUGAUAAUUACAUAUAUUAUUCAGACGUUCUUCAAGAUGUUAUCUAUAGAAUACAUAGAAAUGGGACAGGUAGAGAAAUCGUCUUGGCAUCGCAAAAUGAAGGUGUAGAAGGUCUUGCUGUCGACUGGGUAGCCAAGAACCUAUACUACAUCGAUAGCAGAAAAGGAACGUUAAACGUGUUGAGUACCCGUAACGUGACUAAUAAAAGAGUAUUGUUAAAAAAUAUGAAAAGACCCCGAGCGAUUGUAGUACAUCCCAACAAAGGGUAUAUAUUUUUUUCCGAAUGGGAUAGACCUGCAAACAUUAGCCGUGCGUACACUGAUGGUUCUAAUUUGAUCGUGUUUCGAAAUAUCACAUUGGGAUGGCCGAACGGUCUAGCUGUUGAUUUCAUGUCCGAUCGACUUUAUUGGUGUGAUGCGCUGUUAGAUCAUGUACAGCAUUCAAAUCUUGACGGCACGGACGUGAAAACCAUCAAUUCCACAUUGAUCAGACAUCCGUUUUCCAUUGUCACACAUUACGAUUGGAUGUACAUCACCGAUUGGCGACUAGACGCCAUCAUUAAGAUACACAAGUUAACCGGCGUGGUAUCCAACAUCGAAGUACGAGAACCACAAAACAAUCGUUUGUAUGGCGUGAAAAUAUACAGCGAACACGAACAACUUUUAGAUAACAGCCAUCCGUGUUCAAAUGUCGCCAACUACGGAGGAUGUCAAAAGCUGUGUUUCGCGAUCCCUUCAAACUCCUCGAUAACGCUUAAAGCCCAAUGCGGAUGUCCGUAUGGAGAAAAAAUUGCGAUGGACGGUAAAACGUGCGUAGCAGAUCCGAAUGCCGAGCCUCCAGUUACGGCUUGUCCGAAUACAUGGGACUUUACGUGCAACAACAUGCGGUGCAUACCCAAAGCGUGGGUGUGCGAUGGCGACGAUGACUGUCUGGACAAUUCCGACGAAGAACAAAACUGCACUAAGCCGACUUGUGCUCCCGGCGAAUGGCAAUGCGGUUCCGGCCGUUGUGUACCGGGCACGUUCAGAUGUGAUGGUGAAAAUGAUUGUGGUGAUUAUAGCGACGAGACGGGAUGCACGAACGUCACGUGUUCUUCGACGCAAUUUUUAUGCGAUAACAACCGCUGUGUACCGUCCACGUGGAAAUGCGAUUCGGAAAAUGAUUGCGGCGAUGGUUCUGACGAAGGCGAUUUUUGCGCCGAAAAAACUUGUGCAUAUUUCCAGUUCACUUGUCCUCGGUCCGGUCAUUGUAUUCCUCAAACGUGGGUGUGCGAUGGCGAUAAUGACUGUUUCGAUAACCAAGACGAAGAAGGUUGUCCGCCGAUCACGUGUUCACCAACUCAGUUCAAAUGUGCUGAUCUUAGACAAUGUAUACAAGAAACGUACAAAUGUGAUGGCAUAUUGGAUUGCAAUGAUGGCAGUGAUGAACUGGGUUGUCCUACACUAGCUCCUAAUCAAUGUGACACAGAAAAGCAAUUCCGUUGUGAAAAAUCUGGAAUUUGUAUACCAAAAACAUGGUAUUGCGAUGGAACAGCUGAUUGCGAUGAUGAUUCUGAUGAACCAAAAACGUGUGGACAAGUUUCAUGUCAGUCGAACUAUUUUAAAUGCAAUAAUUCGCAGUGUAUUUUCAAAGCAUAUAUUUGUGAUGGAAGAGACGAUUGUGGUGAUGGUUCUGAUGAAGAUUAUAGACUUGCUUGUGGAGCACCACCAUUCAAGUGUAUGUCAGGUGAAUGGCAGUGUCCAAAUGCGACAAAUCGUUGUAUAAAUAUAACAAAUGUUUGUGAUGGAAUACCUCAUUGUCCAAAUGGUGCCGAUGAAGGACCGAAUUGUGACUUACCAGAAUGUGAUAAGGAAGGUUCUUUCUGUUCAAACGGAUGUAAACAAACGCCAGUAGGACCAUUAUGCACAUGUCCCCAUGGUGAAGUUCUGAACACUACAUAUGAAUGUAUGGACCUAAACGAGUGUGACCCACCUGGUCUUUGUUCGCAGCACUGUACAAAUACCAAAGGAAGUUAUUUCUGUUCCUGUGCUUCAGGAUAUAUUCUGGAGUCUGAUAAGCACACUUGUAAAGCUUUAAACCAUAGUGCCGCAUUUCUAAUUAUAUCCAAUCGGCAUUCCAUAUUGGUAGCUGAUCUCAAAGAACAAGGUCUUGAACGGGUCCCUAUUAUAGUGGAAAAUGUAGUUGCAACAGCGUCAAACAUGCAUACAGGCACGAUAUUCUGGUCAGACAUGAAACUUAAAAAAAUAUCCAGGCUGGAUAAAAGCAGUGAACCUAGAGAUAUUAUCACAUCUGGAUUAGAUUUAGUGGAAGGUUUAGCCUAUGAUUGGAUUGGAGGACAUAUUUAUUGGUUAGAUUCUCGGUUGAAUACGGUUGAAGUAGCUAAUGAAAAUGGAACGAAUCGUAUUAUUCUGCUAAAAGAAAAUAUUACUCAACCGAGAGGAAUGAUGUUAGAUCCAAGUCCUGGAGCACGAUGGUUGUUUUGGACUGAUUGGGGAGAGAAUCCAAGAAUUGAACGUGUUGGUAUGGACGGUACUAACCGUUCUGUUAUAAUCAGUUCUAAGAUCUAUUGGCCUAAUGGUUUAACAUUGGAUAUUGUCAAUCAACGUGUAUACUUUGCUGACUCUAAACUUGACUUCAUUGACUUCUGUUAUUAUAACGGUACAGGUCGUCAGCAAGUCAUCGCUGGAAGUCACUAUUUACUUCAUCCACAUUCUUUAACUUUGUUCGAAGACACACUUUACUGGACUGAUAGACAGUUAAAUAGGGUAUUAUCCGCUCAUAAAUUUAAGGGGAAAAAUCAAACAGUGGUUUCCCAUUUAAUUUCACAACCAUUGAGUAUUCAUGUACAUCAUCCGUCCUUACAACCAAUCACACCAAAUCCUUGUGAAAAUACCACUUGUGAGCAACUUUGUUUAUUAUCACCUUCUUCGCCUACAGGAUUCACCUGUAAAUGUAAACCAGGAUACAAAGUUUCUAGUACUGGCCAGUGCCUUGAAAACGAGUCUCCGUUUUUAUUAGUUAUGAGAGGUUACCAAAUUAUUGACGUAAGUCUUACACCAGGAGAUAAAACUACUGGACACAUUGUUCCUAUUGUUGGUAUUGAAGGAGGAACACAAGUAGAUUACGACACAGAAACAAAAUCUUUAUACUGGGUCGAAGGAUUGAAAGUGAAUGAAGAAGAUGAAAGUAUCAACAGCGUUAAUUGUACGUUAAUGAUGUCUCCCUAUCAUGGAGGAAACAAAUCAUCUUUAUUAGGUGAUCUUACUGGUUUCGUUGGAGCCCCAUAUGUUAUCGCUUUUGACUGGAAUGGUCGAAAUUUGUAUAUUGGAAAUCGGGAAUCUUCUAGCUUAGAGGUAGUUAAAGUCGAUGGUAAUAAUAAAUACAGAAUGGUGCUGUUAUCGAAUAAUGGAAAAGAUGUAUCAGUAGCAACACCGAUUGGGAUUGUUUUAGAUCCUAGUGAAGGAAAACUUUACUGGGCUGAUCAAGGAGGAUAUGGAGUACCUCCUAAGAUAGGUAAAAUUAACAUGGAUGGAUCUAAUCCUCAAGUGUUAAUACAUGAUGGUUAUACACCUGAAGCAAUUGCUAUCGACUUAGAACAAAAAAAUAUUUAUUAUAGCACACAAUAUCCUAGCAGCAUAAAAAUGAUGAGUGUGAGUGGUAUGAACCAUCGAACAUUAAUGGGAGAACAUCAAAGUAUUGCUUUCCCAAAAUCAAUGGGCAUUUACGAUCGGUAUUUGUACUUCAUCGAUUCCAGAUAUGAUCAUCUUGUAAGAGUAAAUGCUGAUGAUGGAUCUGGAAUGGAAAAAAUAUUAGAAAACGAUGCAGAUCUUAAAUCAUUAACAGUGUUUUCAAAGAAAACUAAUGAAUAUCAUCCGUGUGCUGUUACUAAAAAUGGGGGUUGUCAACAGUUUUGUAUUCCCAGUGAAAACGGUAAUAGAGUUUGUGCUUGUUCUGUGGGAUAUAAAAAAGAACUAGAUAUUAAAUGUACACCACACACAUCAUUUGCGGUAGUUUCUCAAGUUGAUUUAGUCAGAGGAUAUAGUCUUACCGACACGCUUGAUGCAAUUGUUCCUAUAUCAGGACCAGGACAUCAUAUUUUACACGUUGAUGUUCACGUGGCUCAAAACUGGAUAUAUUGGGUAGAAUUUAAUCGUGGUAUAUGGAAUGGCAUUUAUAGAAUACGACCCAAUGGUACUGAACUUCAACACAUAAUCAAAGACGGUAUUGGUUCCAAUGGUAUUCGUGGUCUGACUAUCGAUUGGAUUGCGGGCAAUAUGUAUUUCACAAAUGUAUUUCCACAUGAAAAUUACGUUGAAGUUUGUUGGUUGGAUGGUUCUAUGCGUAAAGUCCUAGUCAAAACAACUACUGACGCACCAAAAGAAUUGGCGGUUAAUCCAAUCAAACGAUUGUUGUAUUGGAUCGACUACGGUCAGUAUCCUAAAAUAGGAAAAGCUUACUUAGACGGAUCUAAUUGGAUGCCGAUUGUGACAACUGGAAUUAGUCAACCUAGAGAUUUAACUGUUGAUAUGGUUACACAUGAUGUAUAUUGGGUAGAUGCAAGAUUAGAUUUAAUCCAAAAAAUAUCUUCUAGUGGUGGAGAAAGACAGGUUGUACGAAGAAAUAUACCAAAUCCAAUGGGUAUUGCUAUACAUUUGAGUGAUAUGUAUUGGGUCGAUAGAAAUCUAAAAACUGUAUAUAAGGCUUCCAAAUUGCCAGGAAAUAUAUCCAUGCCUAUUCCAAUCAGAACAGGGCUACCCAGAUUACGUGAUAUAGCAAUAUUCGAUGUAAAUACACAACCUCCGGAUGAUUCUAAUUCAUGUUCUCGAUUCGGCAACGGAGGAUGUGAUCAACUAUGUUUCUCAUUCCCACCUUCUUAUUCGUUGAAUAAAUUUUUGUUCCGUUGUGAUUGUGCUACUGGAGUUAUAGCAGCGGGAACGGGUACUAAAUGUGACACGGUGUCUGAAUACUUGGUAUUUGCUACGAGAACUGAAAUUCGAUCAGCAAGUUUAGACCCCCAAUCAACCACACUGCCUUUCAAGCCAGUUGGUAAUUUGUCAAAUGUGGUUGGUUUAGAUUUCGAUUAUUCAGAUAAUAAAUUAUUCUUCACUCAAAUUCGACCAAUGUCCCAGAUAGCAUCAGUGUCGAGUAAUUCGCCUAGCAAUAGCCAAAUAAAAACAAUUUUAGGACGUCGAAUCAACCCAGAAGGAAUCUCGUAUGAUUGGACACAAAAGAAAAUCUAUUGGACAGAUUCAUCGAAUAAUUCCAUAUAUGCAAUGAAUUUAGACGGCACCGAAGUGGUGAUGAUUGCUAGAGUUGAAAGACCUCGAGCAAUUGUUGUCGAUCCAUGUAAUGGAACCUUAUAUUUUACCGACUGGGGAAGAUUUGGUACAGCUGGCAAGAUUUUCAGAACUACAAUGGCAGGGUCUUUGAAAAAAGCAAUCAUCGAUAAGGAUUUGUCUCAACCAAGUGGUUUGACGAUUGAUUUCGAUGAUCAAAUGUUGUAUUGGUCUGACGCCGUGAGAGAAAAGAUUGAAAGAUCUACGCUCGAUGGAUCUAAUCGAGAAGUACUAAUAACAGCUACCAUAUAUCCGUUUGCACUGACUGUCCAUGGAAGUUAUAUAUAUUGGACGGAUCUUCAGCUGAGAGGUGUUUAUAGAGCUGAUAAACAUACUGGUGGUAAUAUGAUAGAAAUUGUCAAGAGAUUAGACGAUUCUCCCAGGGAUAUAGCAAUUUAUUCUAAAGACCGACAAAAAUGUUCCAUAAAUCCAUGUUCAAUUAGCAAUGGAGGAUGCGCACAAAGUUGCCACCCUGGACCCAAUGCUACAGCUGAAUGUAAAUGUGAUGACAAUUCGAAACUUGUAAAUGAAGGUCGUAUGUGUGUUAGUAAGAAUAUCACAUGUGAAAAUAACAAAUUCCACUGUCGCAAUGGAAAGUGUAUAUCACGCAUGUGGUCAUGUGAUGGUGAUGAUGAUUGCGGUGACAACAGUGACGAAGAUGUAAAUUACUGUGCUUAUCAUUCGUGUAGUACUAAUGAGUUCAGAUGUGCCAACGGUCGGUGUAUAUUUAAAACUUGGAAAUGUGAUCAUGAAAAUGAUUGUAAAGACGGAUCUGAUGAAGUUGGAUGUGUUUAUCCACCAUGCGCAGAUGGAGAAUUUACUUGUGCUAAUUUCAGAUGUAUUGCCAUGUCACAAGUAUGUAAUGGCGUAAACGACUGCAAAGAUAACUCAACUUCAGACGAGACUCACGACCGGUGUCCGAAAAACAUCACAUGUCCGGCGAACCAUUUGAAGUGUGAAAAGACGAACAUAUGCGUGGAACCGUAUUGGCUGUGCGACGGCGACAACGACUGCGGGGACAAUAGUGACGAGGAUUCGGUGCACUGUUCUCAGAGAACGUGUCCAUCCAACAGCUUCCGGUGCCCGAACCACAGAUGCAUACCCGCCACAUGGUAUUGUGACGGAGACGACGACUGCGGUGAUGGAUCGGACGAGCCGCCGGAGUACUGCAAGUCGGAAGGCCGUACAUGUUUCGGCGAUCUCUUCACCUGCGACAACGGCAACUGCAUACCGAGGAUUUAUAUUUGCGAUGGUGAUAACGAUUGUUUGGACAAUUCCGACGAAGACGCGAGACACCAGUGCAAUAACCGGAAGUGCGACGAAUCGACCGAGUUCACGUGCCUGGCGAACAAGGCGUGGAACCGAGCGCAGUGCAUACCGAAAAAAUGGCUGUGUGACGGCGACCCAGAUUGCGUGGACGGAGCGGACGAGAACGCGACUGCGCUCAACUGCUCCACCGUGGCGAACUGCAGUGCGGACCAAUUCACGUGCGGCAACGGACGGUGUAUUAACAAAGGAUGGGUGUGCGACCAUGACAAUGAUUGCGGUGACGGCACGGACGAGGGCAAGGAUUGCCAUUCGCAGUACAAGACGUGCUCGCCGCGCGAGUUCGCGUGCCAAAACUUCAAAUGCAUCCGGAGCACGUACCGGUGCGACAACGAGGAUGACUGCGGCGACAACUCGGACGAGUACAACUGUCCCGGGAAGAACAUCACGACAUGUGGCUCCGAUCAAUUCCGGUGCAACAGUGGUCAGUGCAUCAACUCGACGUUGGUGUGCAACAAGGUAUCGGACUGCUCGGACGACAGCGACGAACCUGCGCAUUGCAACGUGGACGAGUGCGCCCGAGUGGAACUUAACCAGUGCGCUCACAAGUGCAUAGACACACCCACCUCGUUCACCUGCGAGUGCAACGAAGGAUACAAGUUGAUGGAGGAUGGAAAAGCUUGCGAAGAUAUAAACGAAUGUAUGGAAGUGGCCGGAGCGUGUUCGCAGUACUGUUUGAACACUCCCGGAUCCUUUUAUUGCAAGUGCGAUGAGACCUAUUACGAUCGCACGUCCGACGAGCGCACGUGUAAACGUCGCGAUAAAAUCAAACCGUGGUUAGUUUUCACCAAUAAGUAUUACGUGCGAAACAUGUCCCUAGACGCGUCCGAGUAUUCGCUCAACCAUCAAGAUUUGCUUAACGUGGUCGCGUUGGAUUUCGAUUUUGCGGAAGAAAAGUUGUAUUUCUGCGACGUUAGCGCCAAGACAAUCUACAGGACAAAAGUGGGGAGUACCGAACGAGAAAAGAUUAUUCGACACGACAGUCACGGUCUCGAAGGCAUUGCUGUGGAUUGGGUGGGUCGAAAACUUUAUUGGCUGGAUCGACACAGUAAGCACUUGGAAGUCGCCGAGCUGAACGGUACCAAUAGAAGAACUCUUAAGGCCGGUAUUCAAGAUCCACGAGCAAUAGCCGUGCAUCCGGGCACUGGUUACUUAUAUUUCACCAGUUGGCAUCUUCAGGCCUACAUCGGAAAAAUUGGUAUGGAUGGAAGCAACUUUACUCAAAUAUUAACACACGAGAACGACAUCGCUUGGCCAAAUGCUCUGACUAUUGAUUACUUUACUGAACGUAUUUAUUGGGCCGACGCUCAUUUGGAUUACAUAGCUUCUGCUGAUUUAGAAGGUAAAUUCAAGCAUAUCGUAUUGUCAGGAGACCGCGUACCGCAUGUAUUUGCACUUACGCUAUUCGACGAUGAAUUAUUUUGGACUGAUUGGAAUUUGAAAGCAAUAGUGAAAUCGAAUAAAUUUACAGGACAAAAUUACAAAGUAUUAAGGAAUACAACACAUCGUCCAUAUGAUUUAAAUAUUUACCAUCCUUUACGGCAAAUACCGUUUGCAAAUCCAUGUGGCGAUGAUAACGGUGGCUGUUCUCAUUUGUGUCUCUUACGGCCUGUUCCCGGAGUAGACUCAGCUCCAGACGGCUACUCGGAUACUAAAAGUCCAGUAUCCUUUACUUGUGCUUGCCCCAAUCAAUUUUAUAUGGACCCACGUGACAAUAAGACUUGUAUAGCAAAUUGUACUGUAGGACAGCACGAAUGCAAAGAAAAUGAUCAAAAAUGUAUUCCUUGGUUUUGGAAAUGUGACGGCGAAAGAGACUGUGCCGAUGGAACGGAUGAGCAACAAUGUGCCACGAGAUAUUGCCGUGGUGGAGCUUUUCAAUGUGAAAAUCGCAACUGUACACCAUCAGCUACUAUUUGUGAUGGCGUUGAUGAUUGUGGAGAUGGUUCAGACGAGAAAAACUGUACGCUACCGUGCCCAGAUAUAGAGUUUAAAUGUCGUUCGAAUGGUCGGUGUAUUUUAGAUUCGUGGAAAUGCGAUGGUGAGCCCGACUGUAAAGAUGGAAGUGAUGAAGAUCCAACAAUGUGCCAUAACAGACCAUGUGAUUCGAAAACCGAAUUCUCUUGUAAGAAUGGUCGCUGUAUACCAAAACUUUGGGUCUGUGAUUUUGAUAACGAUUGUGGUGACGACUCAGAUGAACCCGCUUACAUGUGUCGACAGCGGAACUGUACAACUGGUUGGCAAAGAUGUCCAGGAAGAACCAAUUAUCGGUGUAUACCUAAAUGGUUAUUCUGUGAUGGUAAAGACGAUUGCCGUGACGGUUCGGACGAGUUGCCUGAAAAUUGUCCAAAAUGUCAACCUGCAGAAUCUAAAUGCAAGAACAAUAGAUGUAUACCAAAAAGAUGGCUGUGUGAUUUUGAAAACGAUUGUGGGGACAAUUCAGAUGAGUCUGAAGAGCUAUGCAAAGGAGUAUACCGACAGUGUUCGGAAUCUGAAUUCCAAUGUUCUAAUGGAAAAUGCAUUCCGGGCCAGUGGAGAUGUGAUCACGAUGACGACUGUGGAGACAAUUCGGACGAACUCAACUGUGGAGGAUUCCAAUGUAAAAAUGGUACUUUCCAAUGCAAGAGUGGUCAUUGCAUCGCAUCGUAUUUCCGUUGCGAUGGCGACAGGGACUGCAGAGACUUCAGUGACGAAGUUGGCUGUCCUCCGAGAUAUCCUGAAGGUCGGUACUGCCCCAAAUCUAAAUUUGAAUGCAAAACUACCAAGUUAUGUGUAUUCAAUUCUGAAAUUUGUGAUGGCGAAGACGAUUGUGGUGAUGGGUCCGACGAAGCACCAGAACUUUGCUCUAACAUGAGUUGUACCCUUGACAAUCGUUUUUCUUGUGACAACAAACACUGUAUUCCAAUGUAUCAACGUUGUGAUGGUGUUGACAACUGUGGAGAUGGUUCUGACGAAAAUGAUCUAAGUGUUUGCGGUAUGAUGCAUAAUAUCAGACAAUGCGAUCAUUACACUGAAUUUACUUGUGCUAAUCGUGAAUGUGUAAACAAAUCAAAACUGUGUAAUCUUCAAUAUGACUGCGAAGAUCUAUCCGAUGAAAAAGGAUGCCAUUACUUUGGUACAUGUUUGGAGUCUAAUAAAGGAGGUUGUGAACAUUACUGCUUAAAUGUAACAUCAGGUAAAGGUUUUAGCUGUGCUUGCUAUGCUGGGUACAAGAUCGGUGAGGAUAGUAAAAAAUGUGAAGAUUUGGACGAAUGUGCACUAGGACUUCAUCAUUGUUCUCAAGACUGUUUGAAUAUAAACGGAUCAUACGCUUGCUCUUGUCGAGAGGGUUUCAUUUUGAGUGACUUGUUUAGUGGGGUUUGCAAAGCUAUGGAUCCAAAACUUACUAUAGUUUACACGAAUGGUCCCGAGUUACGUGGAUACGAAAUGAAUGAAAGAAGACAUAUGUCAAUUUUGAGCAACGAAAAACGGAUACAAGCUAUUGACUUUGAUCCAAAGUCUGAGAUAAUUUAUUGGGCCGAUUCGUAUGAUCAAUCAAUCAAACGUUCUUAUAUGGUGGAUGCUCAAAAAGGACAGGUUAAAGUAGGAUAUCCGCAAGACUUGGAUAUCAAAGGACCAUUUAAACCUGUAGCUGUCGCUAUAGAUUGGAUGGGUGAUAAUAUUUAUUGGGCUGAGAUUGAUCAAUCGAAAGAAGACAAACCGGCGGGUCGAAUAAUGGUAGCUAAACAAGAUGGAAGAUACAAAAGAACGAUAAUUAGUAGCGGACUGGAUAUUCCUUCAUCCUUAGUUUUAGAUCCCGAAAUGGGUAAAAUGUUCUGGGCAGAUGUCGGAGAAAACCCAAAAAUUGAAAUGUCUUGGAUGGACGGUUCCAGGCGAGCACCAUUGGUCACUACUAGAUUGCACUUCCCAACAGGAUUAACAGUUGACACAGCUAUGGACCAUGCAUUAUAUUGGGUGGACACUAAACUUAACGUUAUCGAAUCCAUUAAGUAUGACCAAAAGAACAGAGUGGUUGUGAUUCGUGGAGACCGUUUGCACCAUCCUAUAUCAUUGGAUCUAUUUGAAAACCAACUGUAUUGGUUAUCAAGAGAAACUGGCGAAUUAAUAAAACAAGAUAAAUUCGGUCGUGGCGUCCCGGUUACUAUCGCUAAGGACUUAGUAAAUCCAGCUGGUGUCAAAGUUUACCAUCGACAGAGAUACAACUAUACGACACUAAAUAAGUGCCAAUCUGCUGGAUGUUCACAUCUAUGUCUGUUGGUACCUGGAGGUGUAUAUUGUGCAUGCCCAGAUCAUACGCAUGUUCAGCAAGGUGCCAGUGAAAAGAUAUGUGACGCAGCCGAAGAACCACCGAAAUCAGCGCCACAAAUUUGUCCCUGUCAAAAUGGAGGUAUUUGCGUUGAAGAAGCUGAUGGGGCUGAGCUCAGUUGCUUAUGUCAACCUGAUUUUAGCGGUCACGUUUGUGAUAUCACGUCGAAACGAAUCAGAAGAAUGGGCAUCUUUAGUUCUAUGCUUAUAAUUCCAUUGACUGGAUUAUUAUUACUCUUGGUCGCUGGUGCAAUUUUCGUUUUUAUUCGCAAAAGACCAUUUGGUAAAGGAGCCGUGCUUGGUAGCUUGACGAAUUCGCAAAGCGUUUCGUUUAGACAAGGAACCAACGUAGAAUUCGGCCCCAAUGCGUUUAACAACGGACCAGGACAAGGGGAACCAUUGGACGUUGAGUACAACAUGACAGACAUAAGCGGAAAGAAUCGUGACUUCAGCAAUCCCAUGUACGAUGCUCUUGGAAAUAUGGAAUCAGAUGCCGGCAACGGUAUAUACGAAGUGCCUUUGGAUGUUACCAAGACUAAGGGUUUAGUCCAAGAACCCGCGUCCGCCAUUCUCGCGCCGUCCAGCAUUAUACAAAAAGCCUCGCCGCAGAUACAAAGGAGGCACAGAGAACUCGAGCCGGCCACAACGGACACGGGCAAAGACACACAGAUGUUGGUCGAAGAAACUGACGACUGAGAAUAUGUUAUAAUUAGAACGCAAUACAAUUUUCCCUUCCCUCAAAGAAGAAUAUACCUGGUGCGUGUAAUAAUUUAUUAAAUUUGAACCCUCUCCUCCCAUCUGAAAAAUAAUACGAGAGUUUUUAAACAAAAUAGCAUUUUAAUAAGUUUAUAUUAAUUUUUUUUUUGUAAAAUAUUUUCAUGUUUGCCAGUAUGUAACAUCGUAUUUGUUUUACUUUUAGUUUUUGUCUUACUGGUAGCGACUGACCAAUACCAUGGUGUAAGUGUAUAAAAAAACAUAAGCAUUAUUUUGUUUACACCAUGACCAAAACGCGUUAAUCGUUUGAACUUGUGAUAUCGAUUAUAUAUCAUACU